CAGCAUUUAAAAAAUAUAUAUAUAUCACUUCAUGUUACCGAUUGAUUUAUCGCACAUUAAGCUCAAUCACAAAUAUUUUAAUAUCCAGGAAUGAGCAGAUAUAUAAACCUUAAAUCUAAGCUGUGUUUGUUUUUGAGCAUUUGGAUGUGGAUUUAACACACAUUCUAUACUUGAUUGUGAAACAAGGCAGUUUGAUCUGUUGGCAGAUUAGAAGUAGGUCUGAACUCAGUUUGACUUUGGUUGGAUUGAUUGUCACAACUUUGUUGCAACAUGUGAAAAGAAAUGUCUGUUGCUGCUGUCAGACUCCCGUUACAGACCUGUUACUGACGGGUGAAGGAAUACUUGUUUUUCAACUUGUUUGACAUAAUUCCAACUAAAUCUUUUAUCUGAUAGGCUCUCUGCCCUCUGUGGGCGUGUGUAUCCAUAUGGCACAUCCUGGUGGUGCUUGGUAAGAAGUGCACUUUAAAAAGAUGGGCAUGUUUAGUUAUAAACGACCACUUUACCAGGUAGAUGCACUUCUUCCAAAGACCUUUUAAUAUGUGAUUUAAAUAUAAGCUAUAUUUUAAUAUCCACACUGACUUCUUAUUGAAGAAAUGUUUAAGAAUGUUUUCGCCUUUUCUUCUUCUUUUUUUUUUUUGGAAAUGUCAUGUCUGGUUGUUCAAACUAUAGUUGGUGUUGAAUAUGAAAAGUUGAACACGUAGCCGUGACUUCUCAUGUUUCUUUUCCGUGUUGGCCUCCUAAUAAAGAGCACAGUCACGAGCCUUUCCCUCUCGCGCACGGAGCUUGUAUUAUUAACCAAGCGGCUCGUCAUGGCGGCGCAGACCCGGGCUCUGGUGUCGGCUCAGUGGCUGGUAGAUGCUGUCAGAAACAACCUCGUCGGCCCCAAACUUCGCGUUCUCGACUCCUCGUGGUACCUGCCGAAAACGAAGCGGGACCCGAGAGCGGAAUUUGCGCAGAAGCACAUCCCGGGCUCCUCGUUCUUUGACAUCGACGACUGCAGCGACAAGAGCUCCGCGCUGGACCACAUGCUGCCAACUUCCAGCCACUUCUCUCGGUACGUGGGGGGUCUGGGCAUCGGCAACGACACGCACGUAGUUGUGUAUGACACCAGCGACUUCGGGUCGUUCUGCGCGCCCCGGGUGUGGUGGAUGUUCCGGCUGUUCGGACACAGCUCGGUGUCGGUGCUGGACGGGGGCAUGAGGAACUGGCUGGCUGACGGCUACCCGGUCACGUCUGACCGCUCCGAGCCGGAGUGUCGGGAGUUCCGGGCGACUGUGAACCCGUCGUGGGUAAAGAGCUACGAGGACGUGUUGGAGAACAUCGGGACCAAGAAGGUCCAGGUGGUGGAUGCCAGGUCUGCAGGGAGGUUCAGGGGUACCGAGCCGGAGCCCAGAGAUGACACACUGCCGGGACAUUUCCCUGGUACAAUCAACAUGCCCUUCACUUCUUUCCUGGAUGCCUCUGGCAAGGAGCUGGGAGCUGAGGGCCUGUCCAAACUGUUCCGGGAGGCGGGGGUGGACCUGGAGCAACCACUCUGGGCUACCUGCGGGUCCGGUGUCACAGCGUGCCAUGUUGUUCUGGCAGCUCACCUGCUCGGGCACCCUGGGGCGUGUGUUUAUGACGGCUCCUGGUCCGAAUGGUUUAAAAGGGCAUCGGCGGAGCAUAUCGUGUCAGAGGGAGAGGGAAAGAGGAAAGGCAGUGGAUUACUACAAACAAGGGUGUGAUGUUACGUUUACAAGUGAAGGGUUGUUCAUGCUGAAUAAGGCUGCACGCACAGUGAGCUUGUAAUAAAAAUCUCCUCUACUUAUGUAAACUGACUUUCCUCAAUAGCACAAUAGUUGCAUAUUGCAGAAUGGUUUACAAUACUUUAAAAUAACAUGAUGGUUUUGGUUGUCAUUAAUACAUCUCGUCAUGUUAACGAAUGUAGAGAGGUACCAAGAUAAGGGAUGUUGGGUCCUUGGAAGAAGUGCAAUUUCUUGAUGUAUUGAUGAAUUAUUUUACAAAUGUAAAUUAAAUAAAUGGCGAGGCCGUUGUGUUAUACUAUA